AUGUUUACAGAUAAACAGGGAACAUACAGAAAGCAUUUCAGUGGGGAAAUCAGUCUCCAGAUUUCCGGAGAAUUCUCCACCAUAUCUGUUCAUACCCCACUGUGCAAAACUAAACAGGGGCAGCCGCAACAGCUGCUGUAUGUAUGUGGGACGACUCCCUUCUCCAGGCAAACGUGGACGCGCCUCACGACGCUGAAAGGGACCCAGGACACCCACACAAGUUUACAAGGACUUGUAAAAGUCCUUGCCCGCGUGCUCCUCUUCUCGCAACUACCCAGAGAUCGGCUAGGCAAAGCCUGGAGCGCAGACCGCGACCGCGACCGCGCCGCCAAACCCCCAGCCCAGAGCAGCACUGGGGAGACUGCUCACACACAAGGUACAGCUGGGUGUGGAGCCGGGGCGCACACCGUGCGUCGUAAAGCGUGCACACGCGUGUGCCCGACCUUGUCCCCCCAACCCCGUGCGCCCCGGGACUCAAGCCCCAUAGCCCGCGAACCUCACCAGAUCGCGGGUAACUUUCCAGGUGCGCAGCUGGUCUCCUGCGGCUCGCGUCCUCGCCGCUGCGCCCUCCCAGCCACCCGCGGCGCGCGAGCCCAGCGCAGGUCCGCUCCGCCGGCCCCAGGCGCGAGGUGCGCAGCGAGGGCCCGGGCCGCGGGCGGGAGCGCGGGCGGGGACUCGGCGAGCGUUGCGGCGGGCUGGCGGCUGGGGCUGCUCCGCCGGGGCCAGCGUGGAGGAGGCAGGCGGGGAGGGGGCAGGAAGGAGGGCGCGGGAGGAGGGCGGGGGUCAGCCGGGGCUGUGGCGUGGAGAGCCCAAAGCCGCGUCCCUAAAGGUGGAGCCACGGGCGCGCGCACCCACGCCAGCCCGAACCUUGACUCUCAGACACGCUGGUGGCAGCCGCCGCAUUCUGCACUUUAUACUCCAUACCCUCCAGAGGGAGGCAACUCAGGUUGGCCACCGCUCCAGACACUGGGUGUCUGGUCUCUACCGAACCUUGCCAGCACAGGGCUAGGGUUCUCAUGACGUCAAAGCUAAAGGAAACCUAGGGACAGGAGAAAGAUGAAAGGUCUUCUUCUCUUUGUUGUGCACGCGACUAGACAAGUCCUCCAGCAGACUCUGUGUUUCUCAGAAAUCUCUAUUUGGCCUACUUUCCCAGAGAACCACAUCCGAGGGGCUGAGCUAGGAAUAGCAUGCACAGAAAGACCAAUCCUGGUGUUGAUUAGACAGCCAUAACUUACUACCCAGAAGAUUUAUACUGAUCCUUCUGCAAAUCUGUAGAACUGGGAGCAUACUUUUUAUUUUCCUUCUGGAAUACAGGAAUAAUACACAUGGGAAUUUUUUGUUCAGGACACCAACAACCUGGAAAGAAGCCCCUCAUUCGGUGAUAUAUACACAAUAGAAUCAAUUUUACUUCAGAAAACAAAAGAAAUAAUUCAUAUCAAAACUCAAAAUUUCAAGUUAUAUCUUUUUCAAAAUACGUAUGCUUGAAAUGUGAAUGGGAUGUCAGUAUAUUUUUAUGUGGUUAACAUGUGGUAGACGUAGAAUCUGCAAAAGUUAGAAUACAUAAGCUCAUGAAAGAGCUCCACGUCCAGUGCCUUCCCAGUGCCUUCCCGGCAAAUCCUUGGAUCCUUUUUUUUUUUUUUUUGUCUUUUUCAUUUUUACUGGUACCAGGGAUCAAACUCACGACCACCUGCUUACAAGGCAGGUGCUUAUGCCGCUGAGCUAAAUCCCCAGCCCCCAAUCCUUGGAUCUUUAACAUGCUCUCCAAGAUGUCAGAGCUGCAUUUUGUAACUUGUCUUAAGAAGGUGCUUAUCAGAAAUAUAAGGAGACCCUAAGCCAGUGCUCCUCAAGCUGUAGUACACAUCUCGUCAUUGUGAAAAUGCAUAUUCCAGCCCAGCAGGACUGCGGGUGAGAUUCUACCCUACAUUUUUUAGAAGCUUCUUGAUACCAGGGAUCACACUGAAUUUCAAGGCUCCUGAUAUGUUCUUAUUUGCAGAAUUGAGCUGAGUGUCCAGGUAAGCUAGCUGGAGAAGAACACAUGUAUGUGUAUGUGUGAGUGUGCAUGUGCACUCCAGACACCCUCACAUACAGCUUCAUCUUAGCCUCCAAGCCCAUUCCUACAGGGUCACAACUUGACAGAGCCUCUUAUCAAGGCUCUUUGCAACGAUGUGUUCCUGGGCCCGUAUUAGGAGUGGACCGUGAACUCCAUUGCUCCUGAGCAUGAAAAAUCCCCAACUUGAUCUAGAAAUGAAAUAUUUAAGCAAUGGCAAGAAGCUACCAUGGUUCUGGAGUGGUGAUGUACUCCUGUAAUCCCAGCACUUGGGAGGCAAAGGCAAGAGAAUCAUUGCAAAUUCAAGACCAGCCUGGGCUACAAAGUGAGCUCAAGGCCAGCCUGAACUGCAUAAUGAGACCCUGGCUCUCAAAAAACAAACAAACAAAAGUAAAGAAGAAGAAGUUACUGUGGAUGUGACAAGGGAUGUCAAGAUCGCGGUUGUGGUUUGUGUCUGGAUGUCCCCACCAUAGCCUUUAAAGACAGCACCUUAAACCUUACCUCUUGUUUUCAUCUCAGAAAACAAGAGUUACAGUGUUUCCAGCUUGACUCAGCAGGGCCAGAGUCCUCACUUUGUAAACAUCCUCAGCCUGUGCAAGAGGAAGGCACAAAGGUGGUGCCAGGGCUACCCUCACCCCGGAAAGGGUAGCCUGUAUACAGCAAAAGGCAGGAAAAGAGAUUUGCUCCUGCCUUUUUGCUCUUGUUGUUUUUGCUGUCUUCUGCUACCAUGAAAUAUUGCCCCUCUGCCAUGCUACCCUGUUUUGGAGCUGGUUGAUUAUGAACUAAAAUCUGUGAGUUAAAAAAACCUUUCCUUCCUUAAUUUCGGAUGUUGGGUAUUUUGUCUCAGAAACAAGAGAAAAGUAACUAAAUACUGUUUUUCACGAACUCACCCUGAUCAUCUGAACCCAAAAUUAGCACAUUAUUUUAAACUUACUCUUGACAUCAGCCUGACACCGAUCCAUGUUUUCUUGACCUGGCUAGCAUUGUUCUGUGUGUCUCUCUGCCUUCCUAUGCAACUUUUUGAAAGAGUUAAGAAUGCUAUAUAUUUUCAAAUUAUACAAAUUAGCAAAAGGAGUCAAAGUAUGUCCAGGUAAACAUUACUGUUGUUGCAAAAAUGAUGUCAGAUUCAUUUUAUCAGCCAGAGUGGGAUACAAUAAAAAUGUUCUGGAAAAAAGAUUGUUUUUUCUCCUAAGAGUUAUAGCAUGCAAAAUAGCUGGGUGAGAGCUGGAAGAAUCAUUUUAGCAUCACAAGAAACAAACAAAUGAAGUAACAAACAUCUACAUAUGCUGUGAAUACCACUUCUGAAGCACACACUGUAUGACGUGUUGUGAGGAACAGAGGCAGUGUGACCCCUCAGGUGUUGCAAGAAGACCUCACAAACUACAGAGCACAAAAUCAAUCAACUCAUGUUUCCUCAAUGCUAACUGUACUGAAAGCACCAUACUUGGUGCUGUGCUGUAAACCGGCACACCUUGUUUUAUUGCUUUACUUUAUUAUACUUUGCAGGUAUUUCAUUUUUUACAAAUUGAAAGUUUGUGGCAGCCUUGUAUCCAGCAGAUCUAUCAUUUUUCCAGCAUAAAGUGACAAUUCAUGUUUCUAUGUCACAUUUUAGCAAUUUCUGAAAUAUUUCAAUUUUCUUCUUUAUGACUGUUUUAUCUGCCUUGGCAACCUAUAAUCAGUGAUCUUUGAUGCUCAUAUUGCAUUGCUUUGAGGUAUUAUGAAUCACGCCCAUAUAAGUUGGUGAACUUAAAGAAUAAAUUGUGUGUUCUGAAGUUCCAUCAA